GCAGAUCGGCGGAACGUGAUGAGUGGCAGAGGCUUGAGUGGUGGUGCUGUGGUGCGUGGGAGUGGGCGAUGCCUUGCUCGCCGCGGUGCUUGGACUGAGGCGGGGCUGGCGGCGUUUGGAAGCCACGUGGUGGUGCUGAGGAUGAUGUCAGGGCAUCGCACUGUGGCGUCCCUGUGCACGGCUUGGCCGGUACCCACGGCGCUGGAGCCGGUGCUCGCGUUUCCUCAAGCACAACCAGGGCAGCCCCAGCCCACCAUCGCCCACGUGGACGACGCGUGCUUGCUGCCCAGCAUCACCUGGGGCGCCCUCGAGUCACGCAUUUCUGCCGCAAAGUCUAAAAGGGCGACAAAGCACAGGACUGCUCGCAUCAAGCAGCAGCAGCAGCAGCAACAACAACAACAACAACAACAACAACAACAACAACAACAACAACAACAACAACAACAACAACAACAACAACAACAACAACAACAACAACAACAACAACAACAACAACAACAACAACGACAACAACAACAACAACAACAACAACAACAACAACAACAACAACAACAACAACAACAACAACAACAACAACAACAACAACAACAACAACAACAACAACAACAACAACAACAACAACAACAACAACAACAACAACAGCAGAUACAAGAUCAGCAGCAGCAGCAGCAGCAGCAGCAGCAGCAGCAGCAGCAGCAGCAGCAGUGUGCAAAAGUGGAUAGUGGCGAUUGUGAGAACGCUGCGGAUCCCAGUGUCACCCACAGUGAGGAGCAGCUGCAAGCAGAGCACAGCCAGGCACAAGGAGAUGAUGGUAAUGAGGGAGUGAGUCUUCGUGGCUUUACGUAUGCGUUUCGGCAGAAGGGUGGGUUGCGGUGCAUUCUGUCGGAUGCAGAGUGGCUGGUGUUCAGCAUCACUGGCGCAAAGUCGGUCCCUGCCGUCUCGUGUCGGUUGGAGGGCCCAGCGCCGCCAGAUCUCGAAGCAAGAUCAGCAACCAUCGCACACAAGCUUCAUCAAACCUUGGUCGGCAGCCAUGUGGUGCUACCACUUCGCCUCACCCCCGCCUGGCUCCGCACACAUUGUGACCUGAGAGACUUGCCCAAUCUCUUGCUGUUCCCCACCCACGCAGAAUCAGCAGCGGGCAUAGUCACCAGUGUGGACAGCACCUUUGCCGCAAAGAUCACCCAGCAAACCACUCUUACCCUCCUACCUUCCACAGCCGCAACUCACCCCCAGAUGCCGAGCGACUCAGAUCAGGACGAAACACUCCACACACAACCACAACAACGACAAGAGCGGCGGCAGCAGCAGGACGCUGACAACUCUUCCCGUCUGGCGGGAUUGACUGAACCUUUGGCGCAGCUCUGUGACAUUCCUGCCUUUCUCCCACGGCGCGCUGUUCGCGACGCUGGGCACCGACCCGCCGCGUGGUGUUCUCCUGCACGGUCUGUCGUUGCUGUUCAGGUGCUGAGCACGGUGCUGAAUGAGAUGGACGGCAUCGAGGCCGUUGGUCACGUCAUCGUCGUCGCCGCCACCAACAGACCGGACAUGCUCGACUCUGCGUUUCUCCGCGCGGGCCGUAUGGACAGCAUCAUCUUCGUCCCGCACCCGGACGCUGAGAGCCGGCUGUCCAUUCUGCAAAUCUACACACGUUCGAUGCCCGUGGACGGCACAGUUGAUCUCCACGCGAUUGCGCAGGACACAGAAUACUACACAGGCGCAGACCUCAAAGCGCUGUGCAUGGAGGCCGGCAUGCAGUCGCUGCGACGAGACAGAGCGACCGGCUCUGUUCAGCACUGCGAUUUCACACACGCACGCGCUCGCGUGCAGCCGUCACUUACGCGCGAAAAGGUUGAGUUCUACGCAAGCCUGCGGCCAAACCAGAAGCAGCAGCUGUUCUAG